AUGGAAGAAUGCCCGACAGCUCUUUCGGAACACGCACAAAUACAUGGAAAAGCACAUGAAAUGGGGGAACUACAGAAAAGGAGCAGCGAGUAUGCGUUACGAGAAGAUGAAGGGGAUCAGACAGCCAAAAGUGAGGGCAGAGGAAACCAUGCCGACUGUCUUCGGUUGAGAUGCUUCCGCAAGAGAGGCGUGCCGACAAAGAGUACCCAGAAGCUGGAGCCAAAAAGGGCACCAAAGCUGCAGUUAAGCAGGGCGGUCAUGCCUAAGAAGGCGAGGGGAUGAUUGUCUGUCUGCUGCAGGAGCGACUGCGAGCCGGAGAGAGAAGCAGGAAUGGAAAGUAGCAAGGAUGCCACGCCGGCACCUGCAGCAAGGAAGGGCAGCUUGCUUAGGCAACACGGCAUCUUCGGAAAGGGUAAACACACUGGGGGCACACAGGGUAGAAGGAUCACACAAUAUGGCCAGAAAGCUCCCCAACCAACUGUCAGUGAGGCCAAGCAAGAAUGCUGCAGGUAUGCCGAUCAUACUCAUACGAAGGAUAGCAGGAUGCGAGCAACUGCUAUCAAAAGACCGAAUGAGGCGCACAUGAGUACAGGGGAGAUUUUCAAAGAGUAUCAGUAUGCUUUCCUAUCUCAAUGGCUAUCUCAAUACAUUGUGAGCCCGGAAAAGGGUGUUGCUAAAAAAGCAUGGGCUGCUGCAACAAGUUUAUUCUUUGGUGUCUCUGUCGGCAGCAGGGCUACUCGAAUUAACCCUGGCUUCUUGUUGGCUUUCCUCUGUGGUACACCAAACCAUAGGGCGCUUGCGAGGCUAGCUGUGCCCCUAGCGUCUCAGUCAGCCUCCGCUGUACCUCUCCAUGUGGCAGCUGUAUCCAUGCUCAUGCCAAGGAGAUUUUUGAGUAGUGCUAGCUGCACACGAGACAGAGCACCGCUGGAGAACAGUGAUAGAAGGGGACCUUUCUUUCUAGGAUCUUCGGAGCCAGUUGUGACAUUUAUUUUCCGCUGGACUGGCAUCGAUUCCUCCUGGCGGGUGGGGGGCGGAAGCCAUUCUCUAGGGCCGGCGCGGCUCCAUAUGAGCGAAAAGAGGUACAAGGAGCAGCUAAUGGGGAAGAAAUUCACCAGUCUUGGCCGCUCCUCUGUUGUGAAACACUACAGAAUCCAGGGCAGAGGAGGUGGCCUCCCACGCGUGCGCAAAGCAACAGGCCUUCCUGCCAACCCCAUUGUGUUGCCAAUGAGAAGGUGUAUGUUACUCGGGAAGAUGGAUAACAGAAAAGCCAGGCGUGUCAGCCAUUCCGGUAUUCGGACACACCGCAUCCAGCGAGUUAAUUUAGCAUGGAAACGCCUUUGGUGGCCGGAGGGUGGUCAUUAUGUCAGGCUAAGACUGUCCAUGAAGGGCCUCAAGACAAUUAAGAAAUACGGCGUGCACAGAGCAGCUGAAAAAUUCAAACUGAACCUAAGGGACAAGCGCUUGUUUGCUGGUUAUUCCCACAGGUAA